AUGAGCACAGAGGGCCCCAGCCCCCUUGCCUUCCUCACAGCCCCUGUCACUCCGGGGAGGCCCUCGGAGGCCGUCGACCCCAUUCCCGUGCUUAUCGCCCUGGCCUGCCUCUUCCUCCUGCUGGCCACCUGUCUGCUGUUCAUGACCCUCUGCAAGCCCACUGCAUUGGAUCUGAGCUGCCGCCAGGCCCGCGAAUACAUGCCCCACCACCCGGGGAGCCCCAGCGAGCCCCAGCUCCGGCUCUGGAAGCGCCUGGGCUCGCUGCGCUGCUCCCUGCACAGCUUCCGCUGUGGCCGGCCUGCCCCUCGGCGCCCCCUGCCGGGCAGAGAGGACAACCACGACUGUGACUGCACCGAAUCUACCGCGAUGUAA